AUGGCUAACCAGGCGCCGUCUAGCAGCUCCCCUCCUCCGCCUGUGUCUGCGCCCGCUCCCACUUCAGCAAAUAUGGAAUAUCCCUUCGCAACCUCGCCCGACAUCCUCCGCACGCAUCAGAAAGACGCCUACUUCUCAGGGAGCAUCUCGUCACAAGCAUCCACGAUCCUGCGCGCCCUCCUCGGCGCUCGGUUUGCACACAAAUACUCCGAAGCCACGAACCAUCUCUCUGAACUCCUCUAUCUCUGCAUAACCACACUUCUGGGGAACAGGACCCUGGGUGAAGAAUACUGCGACGUGAUCCAAGUCGAGGACGACACACUGAGACUAGCGGGCCUCGGGAGAAGAGUCGGCUACAUCGCCAGUGUGGUGUUUGCGCCCUGGAUCCUGGGGAAGUCUCUGCCGGCGUUGAGGAGAAGGCUGAGGAGUAAACUCGAAUGGAACAUCGAACACGCAAAGCAGAAACAACAACAACACCACGGCAGCAGACAUCCCCCCUCACCCCGGAGCCUUAAACUGCAAGAAUACAUCCUCAAACACCUCGACACCCUGACGUCCCCUCAACCCAUCUACGCCGUCAGCCUUGCAAUCUUCUAUUUUACAGGCGCAUACUACCACAUCGCCAAGCGGCUGUUCGGAUUGCGCUAUGUGUUCACGAAACAGAUCAAACCAAAUGAAGAGCGGGUAGGAUACGAGGUCCUGGGCGUGCUGCUCGUGCUGCAAAUGGCCGUGCAGUCGGCCCUGCACAUCCGAGACACAUACAUGGAUGCAACAACCUCUACGACGACUGGAGCCGAAGCAAAGGGAGCCAGCACCGCAGCAAUGCUGGCCAACGGCGUCGAGAUCCCCAUCUCAUCCAGCCUCGAAACCUCCUCGGCGGGCCAGCUGCUCUCCGCCGUUCCCGUGCAGUCCUAUCUGCCCCCGGGCCUUGGGGCGAACACGGCAACCCCGGUCCUCGACACUCCGCGCUAUGCCCUCGAGGGCCACGACGAGAUCAUGGCCUGGAUCCCCGCCGGCCACCAGCGGAAAUGCACUCUGUGUCUUGAACCGUUCCGGGACCCGAGCGUGACGACCUGCGGGCACGUCUUUUGCUGGACCUGCGUGCAGGACUGGGUCAAGGAGAAGGCCGAGUGUCCGCUGUGUAGACAGAGCGUGCUUAGCCAGAAGAUAUUGCCGUUGAGAGGGUAG